AUGAUACCAACUCAUCGUUAUUCAUUGUCUUCUCCUAUGCCUAUAGAUCUUAACGAAGAUCACACCCACAUGCUCUUCAGUACAAACCAUCUAGCCUCUUCUUCAUCUUCUCUAUCUAAUUUUAUUCUCCUCAAUCCAGAUCAAGAUCAAGGAGGAUCUUGCCAUUGGGAAUCAAAAUCCUUACAAAGUGAUGAAGAGGUCGAGAAGAUAGUUCUUUCCAGUGGAUCAUGGAAUCAUGCAGCAGAGAAGAUUGACAAGAGAAGUGAUCACAAGCUGAGAGUUUGGAAGAAAGAAGAGGAGUGUGAAAGUCUUCAAAGAGGUGAAGAUAGUUCUACGAGGUGGAUGCCUUCAAAGAAGAGAACGGUGCGGAGGAUUAAGGUGUCAGAUCAAACGGGAUCUGAUACAGCAUGCAUCUCAAACUCUAAGAAGUUCAAGUAUGAAGAAAAAAAUCCACCACUAUCACUGGUAGGAACUGAUGACAGUCACUAUAAUUCUUCUUCAAACCACAACAAUGUCACUGUUAGGGUUUGUGCUGAUUGUCACACAACUAAGACCCCUCUGUGGAGGAGUGGACCAAAAGGUCCAAAGUCACUUUGCAAUGCAUGCGGAAUUCGACAAAGGAAGGCAAGACGCGCCAUUGCUGCAGCUGCAACAGCAAUUGGAACGAAUCUGGUGAAGGCUGAGAAAUCUGAAAUGAAGAAGGGGAACAAGUUACAUAACAAAGGGAUGAAGUCCAAAACUGGGGGUGCACAAGUGUUGAAAAAGAAGAGUAAACCUGGAGCCAAGUAUAGAAAGAGGUUUGGUGCUUUCGAGGAUUUGACAGUAAGAUUGAGUAAGAACCUCCAACAAGUUUUCCCUCAGGAUGAAAAAGAGGCUGCAAUCUUGCUAAUGGCUUUAUCUCAUGGCCUACUUCACGGCUUCCCCUCACAUCGUUAUAUCACUUAG